AACAGUGCACAACUGCAGUUGCAUUCAAGUUUGCAAAGAUGGUACUUUCAAUGAAUCGUUUUGUGGGCAAAGUGGCCGUUGUGACCGGUGCCAGUUCUGGAAUUGGGGCUGCCAUCGUGGAAAAACUGGUCGAAAAUGGGCUCAUUGUUGCAGGAGUGGCCCGGAGGGCCGAAAUCAUCGAGGAGUGUGCCAAAAAAUACGCCGGCAAAAAGGGCAAACUCGUCGCUGUGAAGGCCGAUAUGAGCAAAGAAGAUGACAUUUUGAGGGCUUUCAAGUGGAUUGAGGGCAAUUUGGGCCCCAUCCAUGUCCUUGUCAACAACGCUGGGUAUGCCACCAUGGGGGGCCUCACCGAUGGGAAGACAGAGGAGUGGCGCAAAACCCUCGACUUGAAUAUUAUUUCCCUGUGUGUGGCCACAAGAGAGGCUGUUAGGUUGAUGAGGGCUAAUAAGGUCAAUGGGCAUAUUAUUCAUAUUAACAGCAUUUUUGGGCAUCAAGUCACGACCCAUACUUGGAAUAUUUAUCCAGCUUCGAAAUAUGCCGUGACGGCCCUCACUGAGACUUUGAGGCAGGAAUUGAAUGCUCUGGGGUGCAAGAUUAAGAUUACGAGCGUAAGCCCUGGCUUAGUCGCCACUGAAAUGACCACAAAAAACAAAAAUGCCUCGGCCGACACCAAAGCUUUCCUCGCAAAACUACCCAUUUUGCAACCCGAGGACAUCGCUGAUGGCAUUUGCUACGCAUUAUCUACUCCAGAGCAUGUCCAGGUUCACGAACUGACCAUUCAACCGCUGUAAUCUUUUCACAAAAAUACUUAACAUUUUAUCUGAUUAUUAUAAUUGUGACAAUAAUUUAGGUGUAGUUUUUGUAUAAUUUAAAGGUUGUGUUGGAGAUAAUAAAUAAAAAGAAAUUAAA